CCACCGCUGCCGAGACAAAAUGGCGCCGAGAAGCCGCCUUAGCGCAGGCGCCUUAGAAAGACUCUGCCCCGCCCCCUUGCGAGCCCCUGGCCGCUGCUCCAGGUUCUGUUUCCAUGGGACACUUCGGCGCCAAUCCUCGUGCCGAACUGCUCUUCCUGACCCCUCAAUUCACCAAUCAGUGCUCAGUCAAGCACAUCCGGAGUCGUUUUUACCAAUCAUUUCUCAGGACUUGCUUACUCAAUACCUUACCUUCCAAUAGCACUGGCCUUCGAAGAUGGCCAAUCAUAAGUGGACGAUGUCCUACCUGCUGUUUUUCGCACCAAUCCGUGAAGUUUCAGAGCUACAUCCAAUGAGGACGGCAGCUAGCGAGCUCCAAUCCGAAGCUCUUCGGCGUCAUGAGCAGCCAAUAGGAGUUCGUGUAGGAGCGAGUCUGCUCAACAGCUUGUUAUUUGGUGGAUUGUGGCAGUAAAUCGGGCGAGUGGGGGACCGGGCGCAGGAACUGCUGCCGCGGCCGGUAGAGGUGCUGCCCGGACCGGGGCCCGCGGGGGGCCAGUGGGGGCAGAGCACUGGGGAGCUGACAGCGCGCACUUCACCCGCACUCGCGACAGUGAAGAUAGCUCGUUGAGCUGGAACCCCACAGAUCACCAAUAAAAAUGAAGGCGGCGGAUGAGCCUGCCUACCUGACAGUGGGAACUGAUGUCAGUGCCAAGUACCGAGGUGCCUUCUGUGAGGCAAAGAUUAAGACUGUGAAGAGGCUGGUAAAAGUUAAGGUACUCCUGAAACAAGAUAAUACUACACAGCUGGUGCAGGAUGAUCAAGUAAAGGGCCCUUUAAGAGUUGGAGCUAUUGUUGAAACAAAGACAUCUGAUGGAUCCUUUCAGGAAGCUAUUAUCAGCAAGUUGACAGAUGCUAGUUGGUAUACUGUGGUGUUUGAUGAUGGUGAUGAGAGAACACUGAGACGUACCUCACUUUGCCUGAAAGGGGAGAGACAUUUUGCAGAGAGUGAGACACUUGACCAGCUUCCAUUAACAAAUCCAGAGCAUUUUGGAACUCCAGUAAUUGCAAAGAAGACGAACAGAGGAAGGAGGUCCUCUCUUCCUGUUACGGAAGAUGAAAAGGAAGAAGAAAGUAGUGAGGAGGAAGAUGAAGAUAAGCGACGUCUCAAUGAUGAAUUAUUAGGAAAAGUUGUAAGUGUGAUAGCUACAUCUGAGAAGACUGAAUGGUAUCCUGCUUUGGUAGUAUCUCCCAGCUGUAAUGAUGACAUCACAGUGAAAAAAGACCAGUGUUUAGUUCGAUCAUUUACUGAUUCCAAAUUUUACUCUAUAGCAAGAAAGGACAUCAAAGAAGUAGACAUUCUCAAUCUACCUGCAUCUGAGCUCUCUGCUAAACCAGGGCUUCAAAAAGCAAGCAUUUUCUUAAAAACAAGAGCUGUUCCUGACAAUUGGAAAAUGGAUAUGAAUGAAAUCCUUGAGUCAUCCAGUAGUGAUGAUGAAGAUGGCCCGGCUGAAGAAAAUGAUGAAGAGAAGGAAAAAGAGGCCAAAAAGGAAGAAGAGGAGGUGCCUGAGGAAGAACUUGAUCCUGAAGAGAGGGACAACUUCCUCCAACAACUUUAUAAGUUUAUGGAAGACAGAGGUACUCCAAUCAAUAAACCACCUGUUUUGGGCUAUAAAGAUCUCAAUCUCUUCAAACUCUUCAGGCUGGUUUAUCAUCAGGGUGGAUGUGACAAUAUUGAUAGUGGUGCUGUAUGGAAGCAAAUUUAUAUGGACCUUGGCAUUCCUAUUUUGAAUUCAGCUGCUUCCUACAAUGUAAAAACUGCUUAUAGAAAGUAUCUCUAUGGUUUUGAGGAGUACUGCCGUUCUGCAAAUAUUCAGUUCAGAACUAUUCACCACCAUGAACCAAAAGUAAAAGAGGAAAAAAAAGACUUUGAAGAAUCAAUGGAAGAGGUGCUAAAAGUAGAUCAAGAAAUGCCUUUAGUAGAAGUGAAGAGUGAGCCUGAGGAAAAUAUUGAUUCAAACAGUGAAAGUGAAAGAGAAGAAAUAGAAUUAAAAUCUCCAAGGGGACGGAGGAGAAUUGCUCGAGAUGCAAAUUCUAUUAAAAAGGAAAUUGAAGAGGAGAAAACAGAAGACAAAUUAAAAGAAAAUGAUACAGAAAAUAAGGAUGUAGAUGAUGACUAUGAAAGUCCAGAGAAAAAAGAAAAUGAGCUACUACUGGGGAGAAAAAAUACACCGAAGCAAAAAGAGAAGAAAAUGAAAAAGCAGGAGGGUUCUGACAAAGACUCAGAUGAAGAGGAAGAGAAAAGCCAAGAGAGGGAAGAAACCGAAAGCAAAUGUGACUCUGAAGGAGAGGAAGAUGAGGAAGACAUGGAGCCCUGCCUAACAGGAACCAAAGUGAAAGUAAAAUAUGGACGUGGGAAAACACAGAAAAUUUAUGAAGCCAGUAUUAAAAGCACUGAACUUGAUGAUGGAGAAGUUUUAUACUUGGUACAUUACUAUGGAUGGAAUGUCAGGUACGAUGAAUGGGUGAAGGCUGACAGGAUAAUCUGGCCUUUGGACAAAGGUGGACCAAAGAAAAAACAGAAGAAAAAAACUAAAAAUAAAGAAGACAGUGAAAAGGAUGAAAAGAGGGAUGAGGAGAGGCAGAAGUCAAAACGUGGACGACCUCCUUUAAAAUCUACCCUUUCAUCUAACAUGCCAUAUGGUUUGUCUAAGACACCAAACAGUGAAGGAAAAUCAGAUUCUUGUUCAUCUGAUAGUGAAACAGAAGACACUUUAGAAAAGAAUUUGAUGAAUGAAGAACUUUCUCCUGAUACUAAAGACGAAGUAGAAAAAAAUGAAAAUGUAAAUGAUGAUAAACUAGAUGAAGAAAAUCCAAAGAUUGCACAUAUAUUAAAAGAAAAUGAUAGGACUCAAAUGCAGCCUUUAGAAACCCUGAAGUUAGAAGUUGGAGAGAAUGAACAAAUAGUACAGAUUUUUGGAAACAAAAUGGAACAAGUAGUAGAAGUUAAGAAAGAGGCAGAAAAAUCUCCUAAAGGGAAGGGAAGAAGGAGCAAGACAAAAGAUCUUUCUUUAGAAAUUAUAAAGAUUUCAUCGUUUAGCCAGGAUGAAGCAGGAUGUGAACCUCAAAUGGAGACUCAGAAUCUAGAAUUUCCUUCAUUAGACAAUAAAGACUUUUCUUCUGCUACGGAAGAUGAAGCUGACCACUGUGUAAAAGAAAAAAAGUUGAAACGGAAAAUACAAGGACAAUCAUCACCAGAGAAAAAAAUAAGAAUUGAGAAUGGAAUGGAAAUGACAAAUAGCUUAUCUCAAGAAAGGACCAGUGAUUGUAUCGAAUCUGAGGGAAAGAAGAACUUAAAUUUUGAACAGCACUUUGAAACAGAAAAUGAGGGAAUGCCGUCAUUAAUAGCAGAGUCAAAUCAACGCGUCCAAGAACUGACUAGUGAAAAAUUUGAUAGUCCGGCUGCAGAAACUGUAAAUACUCCACUAAAAGAAGAAGAGGAUGCAAUGCCUCUGAUUGGGCCUGAAACCUUGGUUUGCCAUGAAGUUGAUCUGGAUGAUUUGGAUGAAAAGGAUAAGAACAGUAUUGAGGAUGUGGUGGUAGAAAGCUCUGAAUCUAAUUCUCUCAUUUCAGUUCCACCUGCCCUACCUCCUGUAGUACCGCAUAACUUUUCAGAAGCUUCACCACUUACUCUCAGUCAAGAUGAGUCUCGAAGUAUAAAAAGUGAGAGUGACAUAACGAUUGAAGUUGAGAGUAUUGCUGAGGAAUCUCAGGAAGGUCUCUGUGAGAGGGAAUCAGCAAAUGGAUUUGAAGCCAGUGUUGCUUCCAGUACCUGUAGUAUAAUCAUACAAGAGAGAGAGAGCAGAGAGAAGGGUCAGAAGAGGCCAAGCGAUGGAAAUAGUGGAUUAUUGGCAAAAAAGCAAAAGCGUACCCCAAAGCGAACAAGUGCUGUAGCCAAAAAUGAAAAGAAUGGAACAGGACAGAGCAGUGAUAGUGAAGACCUUCCUGUCCUAGACAAUUCAAGCAAAUGUAUCCCUGUAAAGCAUCUUAGUGUAUCAAAGCCACAGAAGCUUGCGCGAUCUCCUGCAAGAAUAUCCCCUCACAUCAAAGAUGGAGAAAAAGAUAAACACAGAGAAAAACAUCCGAACUCAUCUCCUCGGACAUAUAAGUGGAGCUUUCAACUCAAUGAAUUAGAUAAUAUGAAUAGUACAGAGAGAAUCUCUUUUCUUCAAGAAAAACUACAGGAAAUCAGAAAAUAUUACAUGUCCUUGAAGUCUGAAGUUGCAACUAUAGAUAGGAGGAGAAAAAGAUUAAAAAAGAAAGACCGAGAAGUGUCUCAUGCAGGAGCCUCCAUGUCAUCUGCUUCAUCAGACACGGGAAUGAGUCCCUCAUCCUCUUCUCCCCCACAAAAUGUACUUGCUGUAGAAUGCAGGUGAUAAAUGUUUUCUCUGCCUUCCCAGCAGUUUGCUGCCAUGGACAUAAAUCCCAAAACCCUGAAAUACAACCACACAAAGCACUCAACUGGUUUGACAUUGCCAAGUUAUAUCCUGUAUACUUUCCCAGGCUGGAUUGUAUCUACUCCUUUCUCUUUUCUUUUCUUCCUGUUGCAAAAUAUAAGCUGAUUAAUAAUUGAAGGUUAGGCAGCCUGCCAUAUUUGUCAUAAUUUUUCCCCUUUUAAUUUUUUUUCAUUUUUUGUGAAUAUAGAAAAAGGGCACUUAGCAAAUUUGAAUUUGUAUAAUAAAGCUUUCAGGUGUUACAGAAAUCAUAGAUAAGCAAGUGCACAUGGUAAACAUCUAAAUAUUAUCCAGCUGAGUAGUUACUGCUGCACUUUCACUAAGAUGUAUUUGAACACUUGGUGAGUUAGGGGGUUUAUGUUUGUGUGUGUGUGUGUGUGUGUGUGUUUUUUUAAUUGUUUUUUAUUUUUGUGGAAGCACUUGCUAUUUAGAACUGCCAAAGUAUAUGUUCAGCAGUGUGCCCAGUUUUAAAGGUGUAAAUGGGACAAAAUAAAUUGUGAAAGGAAGUGUAGUUGACUGAAAACUACAGUUGUAAUAAGUCUUCCACUUUUUAUAGGAUUUUUGAGCACACAAUUAUGCAAAUAUUUUAAUGUUUAUUAAUGUUUACAGUGGAAUUGUGAAUAAGUUUUCAGUGGACUAUCUUAUCCCUUGACAAAAAUAUUUUGUCUUUUUUCUAUGUAAUUUCAGAGUUUUUAUUUUGUUACAAAAAGACAAAAAUGAAAUAUAUAACAACAAUGAAGUUAUUUAACAAGAUUUCUAAAGCUGAAAAUUUUGUGUAAAAUAAGGUAUUAUCUUGCAACUUGUUAAAUAUAUUUAUUCAGACAUUGGAUGUUGUAUUUUUAUGUAUUUUUAAAAAUAUUAAUAAAAUUGAAAAAAAGAAAAUUCUAGGUUAAUUCACUCUUUGGAUGACAAAAGCUCUCAGCUGUCCCUUUUACAGGAGGUUGUAGGCUGCAGCCUUGCCUGUAUCGAAGGGAGUGUCUCAGUCCUUCAAACAGAACUAUUAAUGGGCAUCUGGAUCAUUGAAGUAUGUCCUCAUGUAGAAACUUUGGCAGUCCUAGUACUGAAGCUGUUUUGAGGAUCAGAUUUUUGGUUGCCCUUAAGAUACUUUGUCAGUUUUUAUGUUUGCUAUACUGCCGAAUAAAUUCAUAUCUCCCAGAGUUGAGAUGCAACAACUAAGUAAAACAACUAUGUAUGCUUUGUCUGUGAAUUGUCCCACAGACGGAUACAUUUGUAAAUAAUUCUUCCAAAAUCAUGUAUUUAAAGCAAGUUUUGCAUAUACAUUAUGUAAAAAGGUGAUUUUUUUAAACUCAAUUUUUAAAUUCAUGUUUGUACAUUGAAAGGGGUUUUUUAAAGCUCCUUUUCUGUGUUUAAUAUGUUGUAGAAUAAUAACCUAGAAGCUGUAGACUGUAUAUCAGGAUCUGAUUUACAAGAACAAAGUCCGAGCUAAACACUAGUGAUGACCUAGCAUUACUGAAAUCAUUGUUUCCUAAUUUCAUUUUACCACGUUGUGAACUUGUGAUUCAGAUUCCUUCCAUUUUCGCAGAGAAUUAAAAACAAAAGAGUACUCUUGUAAAAUGCACUUUUCUGUCUUUUCUUUGCAAAGCAGAGUAUUUCAAUGUAAUAUAAAAAUGGAGCUCAGCGGGCAGUAUUAAUAAAGGCCGUGUUUUAAACAUAGGCUUUACAUUUUUUAGUUUUCAUUUAAGUGAUUGUUUUUGUCCUACGUGCCAGUAGCUUAAAAGUUGGAAAAUCAGACUUCAUAAAGUAAAACAUUUCAGUAUAUUCUUCAGUCUUUAGUUAAAUAAACAAAAUAUUAAUUCCUCUCAAUUAUAAAAAUGAAAAAAAUGUGCCAUUCAAAUCCAAUUGGAACUAGGAUUCACACAUUAGGUAUUCUAAUGAUUUCUUUCAGUAAAUCUGAGACAACUAGUUAUCAGCCUGAGAACUGUCCCUUCUAAUUGAUAUGUCUGGUAAUGAAGUAUUAGGACAUUGCUGCAGAGCAAAAUUGUAUAUUCAUUGAAUAUGAAUAUAGAUACUUAAAAUCCUUUAUUUUUGGAGCUGGAAGAGAUUAUGAAAUUAACUAUCAAAUAGGUAUUAUAAUUCAAAUAUUGGGCAUAUAAAUGUACAUUUUCUCAAAACAUGUUUUGAGUUUAACUUUGACUAGCUAGCUCUUGAAUAUGAAAGUAAAAGAUUCUAUUUAAUAACCGCUGUCUAAACAUAGAAGAUGCUAUACGUAAAAUCAAGUUAAGUAUUUAUGGAGCUCUUUUAAUUUUCCAUUUUGUGCUUAUAUUGUUGUUCUGUGUUACAUUUCUAGUUUUCCUGUCCUUCACUAAGAGUGUUUGUAUUUAGCACUUUUAAAAAGACAACUACAUAGUAGGUCUUUGAGGAAAUUGCUUUAAAUUAUGUAAAUCUAUACAGAUGAAGCUAUUAAUUUACACAGUGGCUGCAAUAAUGGGCUCAAAUACAGCAAGGAUUGUGAGGAUGGUACAGGACUGGGCAGUGUUUUGUUCUGUUAUACACAGGGUCGCUAUGAGUUGGAACCAACUCUAUGGUACCUAAAACAACAAACCAACGUAUCUUUCUUAUAAACCCUUUAAUUUAACGUGGCUGUCAACAUUGUGGAAACCCUGGUGGCGGACUGGUUAAGUGCUGCAGCUGCUAACCAAAAGGUUAGUAGUGCAUAUUUACCAGGCGCUCCUUGGAAACUAUGGGGCAGUUCUACUGUGUCCUACAGGGUCCCUAUGAGUCAGAAUUGGCUCGACUGCGGUGGCUUUUUUUCUUCCAGUCAACAUUGUGAAAGCACUUGAAGCUAUAUAGAACCACAGAUACCACUUAUUACCAGAAUUCAUUCAUCAGCAAUUCACUGAGUAUCUUUUAUGUGCCGGGUGUUGUGCUAAGGCCCAGGAGCCACAACACUGAACAAGACAGAAAGGGUCUUUGUCUUCAUGGAAUGUAUAAUCGAGUGGGGUGGAUGUUAAACAGCAUAUGGCAUUAUUAAACUGCAGGUGUGAUAAGCAUAUGACGUUAUAGCAUACCAUGAAGUAAUGAUACAGAGCCCUACUAGUUUGAAGGCAAAGGUGACCUGGGAAGGCUUUGCAGAGAAAGGGACCCUUAAACUGAGUUCCAGUGAGGAUUAUGAAUUGGCGAGGCAAAUGGGAGGAAAGCUAAGAAGGGUGUAGUGUUCCAAGUGUGUGAGGGAGGAGAGAUUGCAGGUAAUGAGCCAGGGCAAGAGUAGAUCUGAGGCAGGAACCAGGCCAAAAAAGGCCAUUCAGGCAUUGUCCUGCACUUGCCCACCUCUGUCUUCGCUCCUUCCAUUCCUCCCACCACUCUUCUCAAAAUCCACUUUUCCAUGAAGUUCUUUCUGACUUCUUACUACCAUCAGAAUUUGUGCUCCCAAAGCAUUUUCCUUUUCUGUAUUAUUUUACUUCACAGUUUAUCUUUUAAUAUGUUUACUUGUAUUUGUGUCUUUCUACCCAACUAGACGAUUGGUUCUUUAAGUGCUCUAUGGUAAUAAGUGUAUCUCACUAAGUGCCUGGUCCAGCAUCUAACACAUAGUAGGUGGGCAAAAUGAUGUAUAAUUGAGAAAAAUUGCUUCUGAAUUGCUAUUGUUUCUGUUUUUCAUGAGUGAUCCUUAUGUACAAAGCCAAAUAUUUAAAAGAGAACUUUCAGGUACUCAUAAAAUGAUGUUAAAAUAGCAUUUGUAUAGUGUGAGAACCAAGGUGUGCUUGACCCAAACCAUGGUUAUUUUCAGUCAUCUCAUAUGCAUGCAAAAAUUGGACAAUGAAUAAGAAGACUGAAGAAGAAUUGAUGCAUUUGAAUCAUGGUGUUGACAAAGAAUACUGACUAUUCCAUGGCUGCCACAAGAAUGAACAAAUCUGCUAUGGAAGAGGUACAGCCAGAAUGCUCAUUAGAAGUGAGGAUGGUGAGGCUUCGUCUUACAUACUUUGGACAUGUUAUCAGGAGGGACCAGCCCCUGGAGAAGGAUAUCAUGCUUGGUAUAGGGUCAUCAAAAAACAAGAAGACCCUCAACGAGAUGGACUGACACAGUGGCUGCAACAAUGGGCUCAAACAUACCAACGAUUGUGAGGAUGGUGCCAGACCGGGCAGUGUUUCGUUCUGUUGUACGUAGGGUCUCUCGGAGUCAGAAAUGACUCAACAGCACCUAGCAACACCACCACAGUGUAAAAGAGACUUUAACAGUCUAAUGCCCAGUAUUCUUAAAAUAAUGAUUUAUUUUUCCUUCUAUCCCUUCUUUCCUCUCAUUACUUUCAUGUGGUUACAUUUUUAUCCCAUUACAGGAAGAGUUCAGUAUGUGAUGGCAUUCCUCAUUAGAGAAGGUUGAAUGACUCUUAGAAUGGAGUUUGCACUAAUGAGGAAUUUCUAGUGAAUACAUGCUUAAUGUUUUCUCAGAGUAGGAACAGUUUGCCCUUUUAAAAAAUACUUUAUUGCAAAAUCAGAUUAUAUUUUCCACAGUGGAAGGCCUAAGAAAAAACUGUUCAUACAGACCCACUAUGCGUCUUUUAAAACAGAAAAGAGCAGUAUUUAUAAUUUUGACAUUUGUGGUUAAUAUAGUUAUGAAGCUAUCUUCAUUUUGGAAUCUGUAUCAUGUAGAAUUCAUUUUGAGAAGUUCUGUUCUGAAAAGUGCAAGGAACUUGCAUAUAUAAACAUACUAGCUUUUAAAAACAUGAAUAGGAUUUUCUUGUUAGGUGCUAUCAAGUUGGCUCUGACUCAUGGCAACCUUAUGUAUAACAGUGAAGCACUGCACAGUCCUGAGCCAUUUUCAUGAUCAUUGGUAUGUUUGAGUCCAUUAUUGUGGUCAUUGUGUCAGUCUACCUCACUGAUGUUUUCCCUCAUUUUUGUUGGUCAUCUGCUUUACCAAACACAAUGUCCCUUUUUUGCAGUUCAUCUUCCCUGGUGAUAUGUCCAAGGUAAACAAGUUGAAGUCUUGCCAGCCUUGCUUCUAAGGAACAUUUUGUUGUAUUUCUUCUAAGACUGAUUUGGUCAUUCUUUUGGCAGUCCACCGUAUAUUCAACAUUCUUCACCAACACCACAGUUCCAAUGCAAGAUAAAAAGAACUAAUCAAAAUGUUCAUCACUAUGGGGCUAGCUAAAUACAUUAUGAUACACUGAUAAUGGUAGAAUACUAUGCAACUGAAAAAAGAAUGAGGAAGCAUACAAUAUUUCUCGAAGGAUUAAAUGAGUACAGUAGUUGCCUCUGGGGAAGGGAAACUAGCUGAAAGACAGAUUUGGGAGGAAUAUAUUCAUUGUAAUCUCUUGUGUCUUUUAAGUUUUGAACCAUAUGAAUGAUUACCCAUUCAAAAUACAGAUAUAAAGUCUUAUAAAUUUGUCUCUGAAACUCAAAUUAGCUCCAAUUUUCAGUGUGUUUAGUUUGUUUUCCAAUUUAAUUUAAAACUGAAUUUUAGAGUCUAAACCCUUCAUUUUAAAACUGAGACUUAGAUCAAGUUGAUUUGCCUAUGUUUAAGUAGGUAGCUAAAUCAUAAAUGACUGUGCUUAUAAAUCCUAUUAAGGAGAAUGCCAGUCCCCCAUAAUUUCUCUUGACCUUACCAAGUGUUGUCAAAGAUGUGGAAGAAUGGGAGCUCCCAUACAAUGCACAACAGCACAAUUACUUUGGAAAAAUGGUUGGUAAUUUCUUUAAAAGUUGGACAUACACUCAUCAUAGGACCCAACCAUUCCACUGCCAAAAGAAAUGAAAAACUAAGUCCACACAUAUCAUCUUUGUUUAUAAUAGCAAAAACACUAAACAAAUAUCAAAAGGUGAAUGGAUUAACAAAUUGUAUAUACAUACAAGGGAAUACAACUCAACAACAAAAAGGAACAAACUGUUGAUACAUGCAACCAAAUAGAUGAAUCUCAAAAUAAUUAAUGCUGAUUAAAAGAAGCCAAAGAAGAGUACACACUUUUAUGAUUCCAUUUAUAUAAAGUUCUGGAAAAUACAAACUAUACUGACAGUAAAUCAGUGAUUGCCUGGGGACUUGGUUGGGGGUAGGGUUAAGGUAAGGCAGGAGGGAGAGAUUACAAAGGAACCCAGGGAAACUUUUAAGGGUGAUCAAAUGUGUUCAUUAUUUUGAUUGUGAUGGUUUCAUGGGUAUAUAUAUGUCAAAAGUAACAAAAGUGUAAUUUUAAAUUUAUAUGUGUGUAGUUUAGUGAACAUUAAAAAAAAAAAAACCCUUGUAAAGCAAAAUAUAUAUAUAUAGACGUGUCCAAACCCAAGGUCACUAUGGUUGGCUAGUACAGAGACUAGAAUUCAAAUGAUCAAGUCAGUGAUUAUUUUCGCCAGCUGAAAGCAGUGAGAAAUUUCUGUUCCCCUCCCCUCCACACACCAAAUAUGCCAUGACCUUUUUGUAUUUCUUUUGUCUGACCAGAAAUCUUAAGAUCUUCCAAGGUAGAUAUAUAUAUUAAAAAAACAAAAAAACAAAAACCUGUUGCUGUCGAGUCAAUUCCAACUCAUAGAGACCCUAUAAGACAAAGCAGAACUGCCCCACAGGGUUUCCAAGGAGCGGCUGGAUUUAAACUGCCAACCUUUUGGUUAGCAGCCAAGCUCUUAACCACUGCACUGCUCUUAACCAGGUAGGUAUAAUAAGCCCAAUAUAUUAUUUAUCAGUUUUGAAUAUAAAUAAAAAUCCUAUCUUUCAUAAUUUACCUAAACCAAAUUAUGCCCUUUUCCUCUAAUAUCUUAGCAUUUCUUAAGUAACUUUUUGAAACACUGAAACUGUUAACUUGGAAGUUUUACUCUAAUAACUUGGAUAGUCACUCCUGGGUUAUAUUUAUGUGACUUUCAUUUCUUGUUAUUAGAGUUUAUACUCUUUUAUUCUAAGUUGUUAGUUUAAUAUCCCAAGGAUCCUGCCUUACAUUUUAGUUUUAUUGCCCUUUCUCUGAUUCACUGGGUCUUCAGCCUCCAUCUGUUUUGUCUCAAGGUUCUCUCCCUCCUCACUGCCACUGCCCUGCCUCACCUGCCUUUAGCAUUCUCUUAGGACACAUACCCAAGCCUUUUAUUUACCCUGGCCUCGGAGAUUUUGGUGACUUAUAUCUUAUUAAUACUGAAGUAUUGACAUGAAUAAGAGAUGAGGAAAUUGGCUGAUGUUUAAAAGAGUAAUAUUAAAAGAACUAUACAUACAGAAGUACACAACAAAUAUUGAUAGAGUGUUUUGUGUAUACUGUGCACUCUGGCACUGCAGGAUUUUAGUACAGUGGACUCAAUGUGACAAUAACUGGGUUAAAAAAAAAAACCUAUCUAGUUCUUUGAGAUAAUAAAAUUGAUAAACCUCUAGCCAGACUGAUCAGGAAAAAUAGAGAGAAGGCACAAUUUACCAAUAUCAGGAAUGAGAGAGGUGGCAUUAACUAGAGAUUCUACAACUAUUAAAAGGUCAGUAAAGGAAUACCAUGAACAUCUUUAUGCCAAUAAAUUCAUCAGCUUAGAUGAAAUGGAAAAAGUCAUUGGGAGAUGCUGUAUAUAAACGCAGUGCUUUUUUUUUUUUCCCUUUACCCAGGUCUCACAAGUUAAAGGGCACAUCCUCCAGACUGCCAAAUGUGCUCAAGACUUCAGAGUCAGCUGUAAGCUCAGGCACCCCUAGACUCCCCUCAUUUCUGAACUGCUGACUACAAAUUAAGGGGUUCACACUAGCUCCU